ACACACUCUCUGAGUGAGGCUCUGCGCAGGUAUCACACACACACACAGUCAUAAUGUCCACUGGAGAUAAGACCAAGGCUGCUUCCCAGACUGACGGGAAGGCUGCCCAGAGCAAGAAGUCCGAGAUGGGAAUGAUGUCCUACAAGAUGCACGUGUUCGACCAGGAGAACUUCCAGGGUCGCAUGAUCGAGAUCACCAACGAGUGCAUGAACGUGUGCGAGAUGGGCAUGGACCGCGUGCGCUCCCUCCGUGUGGAGUGUGGACCCUUCGUGGGCUUUGAGCAGAUGAACUUCUGUGGAGAGAUGUACAUCCUGGAGAAGGGAGAGUACCCUCGCUGGGACUCCUGGAGCAAUUGCCAGAAGAACGACUACCUGCUGUCCUUCAGGCCUGUCAGGAUGGACCCUGAGAAGCACAAGAUCUGCCUGUUCGAGGUCGGACAGUUCAAGGGUCGCAAGAUGGAGAUCAUGGACGACGAUGUCCCCAGCCUGUUCUCCCACGGCUUCACCGACAGAGUGGGCAGCAUCAUGGUCAGCUGUGGAACCUGGGUCGGAUACCAGUAUCCCGGUUACCGUGGUAGCCAGUACCUGCUGGAGAAGGGCGAGUUCAGACACUUCAACGAGUACGGCGCCCGCUGCCCUCAGUUCCAGUCCGUGAGGCGCAUCCGCGACAUGCAGUGGCACCAGAACGGAUGUUACACCAUGGCCAGCAUGUGAGGUUCAGGGCGGGCGAGAAAGAGAAAGAGCGGAGGCGAGGGUGAGGGGCGGAAGAAGAGAGAACGGGGGAGAGAUGUCUGAGGCCUGGCCUCUUCCCUGGCUGAGGCGUGUGACCCUGCACAGCGAGGGAGGAGGGCGAGGCCGACGAGAGAGCCUUCUACUCGCGUAGAGGACCCCUGCGAGGAAGGAACCGAUUGUGACCCAGACACCCCUCCACCACUCUCUAUCUCUGCUCUUCUCUUUCUCCCCCAGGGUCUGAUCUCAGCUCCCCCACUCCCAUCACCCCCCCUCCCCCCAUUCACCUC